AUGAUAGUGGAAGAGAAUUUGAGUGUUCUUGAACAGGACCUUGCUGGCAAGAAUGCAGUCAUUACCGGAGCGUCCCGCGGCAUCGGGCGCGCCAUAGCCCUCCACCUGGCCAUGAGAGGGGCCCGUGUCAUUGGCACCUGCUCCUCUGCCGGCUCAUUGCCCCACUUGGAGACUCUGGAGCAAUCGGUGACGAGAACAUUUACAGCCGCGGGACUCCAGCCGCCCUCGAUAUUCGGCAUCGCUGCGGAUGUUAAGUCCGAGGAGACCCCUGAACUCGUCGCCCGAACCGUGGUUGAGCGCUUUGAUUCCAAGCUCGAUAUCCUCGUCAACAAUGCAGCAUACUACGAGUUCCGCCCGAUGGGUCAAUUAGAUGCCGCUCACGUCAACCGGAUUCUGUCAGGGAACAUUACGGCACUGGUCAUAUUGAUGGACACCUUAUACCGGCAAAACUUGUUUCAGCCCGAUUCUCGGGUGGUCAAUGUGUCGAGUGACACAGCGAAGAUGUCAAAUCUCCCUUUCCCUGGCAUGCUUAUCUUCUCCGCCACGAAAUGCGCCAUGGAGUCGCUUACACGUGCCUGGGCCGAUAUACUUGGGCAUAACGAAUCCAGUCUUGGCACAACAGUCAACUCCUUGUCGGUGGGGGCGACAGCGACUGAUGCUAUGAAGAACUCUCCAUCAGCGCUUCAAGACAUUGCUGAGAAGGUAAUCCGCAACAACAAGGCAGAGCUGGGCAUCAUGGGGCGGGCAGAGGAUAUUGCCAACGUAGCAGGAUUGCUGGUCAGCAAGAGGGCGGGUUGGGUCACAGGCAGUGUUAUCGCUGCGAGUGGCGGUGCUACAAAGAUCCUGUAG